GUGUAUCUCUGUCGGUGUGUAUGUGUGUGUAUCUCUGUCGGUGUGUGUGUGUAUCUGUCGGUGUGUGUGUGUAUCUGUCGGUGUGUGUGUGUGUGUAUCUGUCGGGGUGUGUGUGUGUGUAUCUGUCGGUGUGUAUGUGUGUGUGUGUGUCUGUGUCUCUGUCUGUGUGUCUGUGUCUCUCUCUCUGUCUGUGUCUCUCUCUCUGUCUGUGUCUGUCUCUCUGUCUGUGUCUGUCUCUCUGUCUGUGUCUGUCUCUCUGUCUGUGUCUCUCUCUGUCUGUGUCUGUCUCUCUGUCUGUGUCUGUCUCUCUGUCUGUGUCUGUCUCUCUGUCUGUGUCUGUCUCUCUGUCUGUGUCUGUCUCUCUGUCUGUGUCUGUCUCUCUGUCUGUGUCUGUCUCUCUGUCUGUGUCUGUCUCUCUCUGUCUGUGUCUCUCUCUCUGUCUGUGUCUCUCUCUCUGUCUGUGUCUCUCUCUCUGUCUGUGUCUCUCUCUCUGUCUGUGUCUCUCUCUCUGUCUGUGUCUCUCUCUCUGUCUGUGUCUCUCUCUCUGUCUGUGUCUCUCUCUCUGUCUGUGUCUCUCUCUGUCUGUGUCUCUCUCUCUGUCUGUGUGUCUGUGUCUCCCUCUCU